AUUGCUGGUUCGUGAAGGGAACAUGUGCGGCAUCCUGUGACCCAAUCACCCAUUCGACGUUGAAGAUUGUAGAGUACAUGUGCCAGGGGAAGCUGCAUUGUUGCCUGCCCCUCAGCCGUGUGAUCACUACAGGGAAUCAUCCAAACAGAAGAGAAUCAACAAAGGCCGUUUCUUCUUCAACAUAUCCCCCACGACGAGUGGGGCCAAGCCUGGGCCCAGAUCAGAGGAAAGACCAGACAAUUGCAAGGGACACCAUACCAGGAGACAAAGCCCGCCCCCUGUGUGGCCGUCCCUCCCACAGAGUGGUCAAGAGAGUGGUGGGGGGCACAGAUGCAGGCAGGUGUGUCUUUCCCUGGAUGGUUUACAUAUCACGUGACGCGGCAGACGAUGACCUGUGUAGCGGAACGCUCAUCUCGGACCGUCACGUGAUCACUGCCGCUCACUGCUUUGACUCGCUGAAGGGCUACAUGCCAAGACUUGUGAUCGGAGAAUAUGACAGGAGCGUAGACCGGCCUCGGGGGGAACUCGUGACGACUUCAUACAAUGUCACCAAGCACCCACGGUACAGCAGGAGCCUCUACAAUUAUGACGUGGCAGUUCUCACUCUCGAUUCGCCUAUUCCUUUGGAGACAUAUGAAUGUAUCCACCCAAUAUGCCUACCAAAGCCAGGUCAAGAUUUCCCCAUUGGCACCGAGUGCACCGUAGCCGGAUGGGGUUCCACAAUCAAAGGGGGAUUCUGGUGGCCCUCUUAUGUGUGAGGAGUUACAACAGUCUAAUGUUUUACCAAAUGCAGACGACGCGGAAGAACAGAUAUUGUACCUUGCAGGCGUCAUUUCGUCUGGUCCAAAUCCCUGUGGCCAGGUCAACGUCCCUGCCAUCUAUACCAAGAUCACAGCUGUUGUUGACUGGAUACAUUCCUUUAUCCAACAAACUAGGCCUACUUGAACUUACGGAAGAACGUCGUCGGGUUUGGAGCUCAUCACAACAUGGUCUAUUGCUGGGGUGGGUCAGAGAAACAUCGUACCGUAGCAAUUACUGGAGAAAGAUUUUGAGUUAUCAUAGACUCAAAGACACAAGUGAAAAAAAAAGAUCGGAGUGAACACUAAAAGUCAUUGAGCCAUUAUAUCCUAUUAUGAUUCUGGUUGAACACUGAUGCAAUUUGAAUUAUGCAAGUGACACUCCCGAAAGAACGCCAAGGGAAGCAGAAAAAAAGUGAAAUGCGAUUAUUUAUUUUUUUUUAAACUCUCUGUAAAAGCAAGUGUAAACAACAGCGCUCUUGAACUGACCGCGGGCAUGGACGAGCACUAUUGUUGAAUUGAUUUUGAAUAGAUCUAGUUGAUUUUUUUUCUUCUUUACGCAUUCGCCUAUGAAUUUUAUAAAGGCUGCACAUUAAGUAAUAAGUGUUGUCAAAUCCCUUGGUCGCUUUUCUUCCUUGUGAUCAUCCUUAUUAUGUAGAAUAAUAUUCAAAAAACCUCUCCAAAGUGACCAACUAAGGUGGUUUUCCUUGACUCCGACUGAAAAGUAAAAGUGUGCUUAGUGCCUUGUUAAAAACUGCACAAAAAGGUAGGGUAUGUUGGUUGGGAGUGGUGAGUGGUGAGGGGGCGUCCAUUCAGUAUUUUCCAAAACAAAAGCAACUUCAUCAUAAUUACAUCCGUUUUGGGAGCACAUUUCAAGACUGGAAAUUUUUUUCUGAGUGAGGAAAAUGAGUUACCGGUUAGGCCUACUUGGGGCCUACUAAAGCGUUCGUUAUUUCGGUACCUUGACCCCAAAAAACGAAACAAACAAAUAAACAAUGACAGUUGCGUUAGCACAUGACACAUGAUGUAUAUGUACGCUGCUAACAUUCAACGAACUAUUUUAACCCUAUCCGUACGCCCUGGGGUCUUAUUGUGAAUACUUCUAGUGCCAAGAUCUCUUUGAAACUUUCAGUAUUUCUAAUAAAAUCAUUUUGACAGACUGCUAUGCAAAGCAGAUCGGAUUAACAAGUAAAUUUCUUCUUUAGAAAGUGGUGGCACUUAGUUCCCCACGUCGUAUGGAUACGAUAGUAAAACACGACAUACGGAUAGGGUUAAUGAAAAUUACCUUGUCUCUGCACAUUAUGGCUUUUCAGCUGCUGAUUAAACUUCUUUUCUCAAAUU